AAGAACUGGUGCUCCCUUAAGUUCACUGUACUACAUUAGCUGAGCUGUUCUGUCGUCUGAUUCCAAGAACUCUGAUCCAGGUUCUGAUAUUCAUCCUCAGACCCAUCUCCAACAAGAACAUCCUUCCUCGUGGAAGAAAAAACGUUAAACAAUAUCCAAAAUGCCAGAAAUCGACCCCAUGAUCCCCUCGCAAUUCGCGUCGGAACCACAGACCUCAGCGCAGGAUCAUCCCACCGAAGAGCAAGACCAGAAGCAGCAGCAGCAGCAGCAGCAGCAGCAGCAGCAACCAGCUCAGAGCGCCACGAUCUUCCACCACGACGCCCUCCUCCUCAAACACCACCAGCACCAGCUCACUAACAGUCACAACCACAAUCACAACCACAAUCACAAUGAUAAUGCCAAUGAUCAUGCCUGCAACAAGCAUCACUCCCCACUUACAUCCACCAACGACACCACCACCACUAGAUCUACAUCUACAGCCACGGGUACGACUACAGCUCCUACAGCUCCUACAGCUACAGCUCCUACAGCUACAGCUCCUCCCGAAGAAGGAUCCCUCUCCCGCCUAACGCAACUGAUCCUCGCUCACCCAAUCCUCGCCACCUUCCUGGCCGCGCACGUCCUCUGCUCCGGAAUCCCCGUGUGUCUGUUCCUGGGCGGCGUGCUGGUGUCGGCUUUCGUGGCGGGGGCGGUGUUCGCUGGCUUCGCGAUGUUGGUCAUGGGCCCGGUGUUGGUGGGGACCGGGUGUCUGGGGGGGAAUCGCUAG